AUGUCUGGCUCUCCUCCAGAGGAGCCCUCGGAGCCAUCCGCAGAGAAGCCUUUACAUCCUACAGAUCGGUCCGGACCUGUCCUUGCCCAAGACGUAUCGCAUGUACCCCAGCCACUGCCACGACUGCCGUAUGAACAGGGGCCGGUAUAUUCGGGAUCUCCCCGGCUCCCUGGGGCUCCAUAUCCACUCCCGGCACUAGAAACUACUCCAACAGCAGCGCGCUCACUGGCGCAGAAAUCAACCCGGCGUACCAAAGCCCAUGUAGCAUCGGCCUGUGUCAAUUGCAAGAAGAAGCAUCUCGGAUGUGAUUCAGCUCGUCCAUGUCGAAGAUGUGUCCUGGCUGGCAAAGCUUCGACAUGUGUGGAUGUCACACAUAAGAAACGAGGAAGGCCUCCGCUGAAAGCAGAGGACUCGUCACUGCGGUCUUAUACCACGCAUCUAGAGAACCCAGCUAUCCCAGCCGAGGCCCAACCAGCCAUACAAACUCGCCGGACAGUCAUGCAUCGGCACACUGCUUCACGAGAACUAAGACCCAUGACCGAUCUCCAAGGACUGGAUGCAAGCCCAGCACGAACGCCACACCGCUGGUCUGCCUCGGUAUUCCCUCUAACCCGGCCUAUGGAUCCCUCUCCCAUCCCAGGCGUGAGUCGACGACCAUUCUCUUCAUCCGAACAAGCCCAUUCAGCUCCGACCCAUCCACCGGCAUAUUUCCCCAUGGCAGGCGGAUUCAACCCAGCACUCAAAGUCAGCACAAUGACCGGCAUGGAGCGACGAUUCCCAACAUACGGCGUACCAGCAUUACCACCACCAACUUCACCCCCACAACACCAACCCCCGCCAGUCGGAGUCCCCUAUCUCCCAUACACAGAGUCACCAAACAGCGCAACCCGCCCAUCAAUUAGUGACCCCCGAGUCCCACAAACAGUCUCUCCAAGAGACUCUUACAACAUCGAAUCCCCAGUCCGACUGCCCCCAAUCCACCAAGCAACAGCAGGAUCAGGACCGCCUCCCCCUCCCCACCACGUCCAUCGUUUAAGCGAUCCAUAUCCAACCUCAUGGGCCAUUCCAGGACGAGACGAAAGCCUCUACGAACCACGGCCCAUCGCACUUCACAGAUCCGCAGGCCCGACAUUCAACUAUUCCCUCCCACACCAACAGACACAUACACACGCAUAUCCACACCAACGCUCCACGUCCAUCACAAGCUCUAUGGAUCCCGUACCACGACAUCUAGGCCCAGUGGAGCUACCAUCCCCAAUCCAAAUGGCAGCAGGUGUUUCACCGUCAAUGCCACGGGCAGAAGCACCCCCAUCGGAACCAGAGGGAGCAAAGAAUAGACCUGUCAAACGGCGCAAGAUGGCGCUAGAUGAUAUGGUAAAUGGUUAA